UCCCAUGAACUGGCCGACGCGGGAGCCGCGCGCACGCUGGCCCCGCCGGGACAAGAAUGGCCCCCGCUUCCGGGCACAGCCUCCUCCUCCUGAUCAGCAUGCUGGGCGUCCUUGCGCUGGACCGCUGGGCCCGAGGCCAGCGGAACAGCACGCUGAUCUUCACCAGGGAGAACAGCAUUCGCAAGUGCAGCUGCCCCGCGGACAUCCGGGACUGCGACUACAGCCUGGCCAGCCUCCUGUGCCGCUGCAGGACCGCCCUGCCCGCGGCCGAGGAGCCCGCCAGCUCCGGUGGCCCCCUGACCGUCUGGUUCACCGACUCCUCGGCACUGGGCCUCCUGCUGAACUUCACGCUGGUCCGGGACCUGAAGCUGUCCCUGUGCGGCGUGAACACCCUCCCCGCGGAAUACCUGGCUGUCUGUGGCCUGGAGAGACUGCGCGUCAGUGCAGAGGCCAAGCGCCCCGCGCCGGGGCGGAGCUUGCUUAUCCACCACGAGGUGCGGGAGCAGCCCGCGGCGCACUCGUGCGCGUAUGUCUCCUUCUUAGACAUGGCCCUUUUCAACAGGGAGUCGUCCCUGAAGUCCUACAGCAUCGAGAACGUUGCCAGCAUCUCCAGCAACUUUCCCCGCUUUUCCGACUUUAAAGCUUUCCCCAUUCUAAGCAACAAAAGCUACGUUGUCACCUUCAUUUACUAACCCUGUCACUGAGUCCGACCCCCGGGGCUCUGGCCCUCUCGGAUAAUUUGAAGACGGGCCCUGGGACUGAGUUCACGGGUGCCCACAGCACCCCCUCGCCGAGACCCCUCCCAGCAGAGCCGCACAGACACGUGACCAGCCAGCCCUCUCUGCCCCGCUCCCUGCCCAACCGUGGGAGCUGUUUUGAAAAACAAAAUAAAAGGAAACCCAAGCCCAGCGUGGCUCCGUCCAGAUCCCUGCCCCGGGGGCGAGCGAGAGGCCAGGUCCUGGCUACCCCUGGGGGUCUGCGGGUCAGGCGAGGCCAGAAGUGGACAAGCAGCGCUGCCGGGGGCUCCUAGAGGAGCCGGGCGCAGGGCGACCCCCGGCAAAGGCGCCCCCAUCAGACGCUGCCUCCGGGGUGCUCUGCCGCGUCCUGUGGCAGGCCUGGAACUUUCUCCGAAGCAAGGAGUGGUAGGUUUCCGAGGUUCCAGGACUGGGAGCCGCACAAAACCACAAGGCUCCCUUAGAUGCCUAUUUUCCAAAUACCUUGUUAGGAGCAGACGCAUCGAGAAAAGGGAGU